AAAACUCAAAAAUGGUAAUAUUUAUUUUAAUAAUUAAAAGAUAAUUAAAUAUUAAAACAUAAGAAAGAAUCUACUAAUAUUUAUAAGAAAUCAAUGAGAAGAUUUGUCUUUACUUUACUCUGUAUAAUUUCCUUAACAACGAUAAAAGCUUAAUUUGAUGAACCUUAUGAGGAUAUUUUAAAAGUUCUUGCAUGCUUACAGGCUCCAGAAGUAUCUAUAUAAUGCGAAAAUACAGAUUAAGCUUGCAUUGAUGAAAUGGAAUAAGUAAUUCUUUGUAGUAAAAAUUGUAAUGAAAAUCCAAAUUCCUUUAAUGCAGUUGCAUAAUGUAUUAAAUCUUAAUGUAAAUUUAAAAUUCAAAAAAUAUAAGCUUCUAUUGAUAAAUAAGUUGAAUGUAUGACCUUAUUCAAACCAUCAAUAGAUCACUAAGGCCAAUUGAAAAAUCAAACAAACAUAGAAAAAAGUAUUGAUCAGCUUGAGAAAAAAUAAUAAAAGGAUCAUCAAAUUUUAUAUGCUACUGAAUCAGAAUAAAUCAGUAUAUCAAAUACUAUCUCUCUAUCUUUUGCUCUAUUAUCAGCAUUUUUAACAAUUUUAUUUUGA